CCCCUCGCGUCCUCUCCUCCCCGCAGGAGCUUCCUGGCCCGCGAGGACAUCGGCAUCGUCCUCAUCAACCAGUUCAUCGCGGAGAUGAUCCGCCACGUCAUUGACGCCCACAACAAGUCCCUGCCGGCCGUGCUGGAGAUCCCCUCCAAGGAGCACCCUUACGACGCCUCCAAGGACUCCAUCCUACGCCGUGCCCGGGGCAUGUUCACCGCCGAAGACUUGCGAUAGGUCCGGCCAGGAGACUCCCACACACCCCCUGCCCCUCCCCGCCAACUUCCUCCCUGGGCUGGUAGUCCGAGCUUCUUGACCCGUUCCUCUCCAAGCAUCGCCUUGUGGUCCCUCAACCUCCUGCUCCUCGUCGUGUGGAGGGAGAACGUGUCUUCCCUGGAGACAUCGUCUCCUUUGGUCUUUGUGAGCGUCCCAAGGCUACUCCUCACCCUCACGGGAGCCGGGAACCCGGAAGAACCGUGGUUCUAAGCGUGGCUGGAUGGGGAAUUCUGGGAGUUGAAGUCCACAGGUCUAAGGAACCGCGGUUGAGCGUGAAGUUCCACCAUUCAGGGUUUCUCCACGACUUGGAGACCUGUAGACCUCAAUGCUGGUGGCUUGGUGCCCACUUCCCCUUCAUCUGGGGGACUCCCGGGGAGAAGGCCCUCAUCUUCUCCACGGGGCCCAGUCUGGGUUCCCCCAUCGUCUCGGGGGGUCACUGUCGGCCUGGUUGCCUUCCCAUCUUCCUGCUUUGAUCCUGGUUCUUCGUGACCAGUUAUGGUCCUCACCGCAGAUCUAGAGAUACUUUGGCCCAAGUCCCCUGCUGCUUCUCCCUGUCCUCCUCCUCCUCCUCCCUGCCCUUUGAACCCUUUCCAUGAAGAUGGACCCCCCCAAAAA